CUGAGACCUUGUGUGGGGAAGGGACGUAUACUGACUCGAUUACCCUAGGAGGUUCGUGGAGAGGAAGGUGAAAAGAUUCUCAAGGCACAAGUCUUCAACCUUAGAGCUGAACCCGCUGAGAAAUGGACACAGAACAGCUGACAAGUUUCUCGGAUGAUGAGAUGGAAGGUGGGAAUGAAGGGGGUGCAGAGUUGCCGAAACCCCUCCAAGGUCCCUCCCUGGAUGAGGCAGCUGGAUGGGGGGUGGAACUGCACGUUUCACACGACGACAACGUGGACAUCGGAGUGGACUUCCGAGAACAGACGUCUCUACCACCCAAUGCUCGCCUGGACACACUCAAGGAACACGUGUUGAGAUCGACUAAAGAAUCAGCAUCUAAACUGGAAGCCACGGAGAGGAAACUUGUAAAUGCUGAUGAGGAAGGUCACCAUUUUGACCCCAGCGUUCAUCAUACUGAUGUUGUCAUUGUUGAUGAAGUCACUGGCAUCCAAACACGACAUGGAGUGUCUGAGAACCAGCGUCCAGGGAGUAUCAACACAAAGCAAGACAACCCAUGUCCGCCAUCUGUCCAGGAUGAAAGUAGUUCCUGGCGACCCCCAGUCCCACCAGAUCCAGUGUUGACUGGCAUCGCUCCACCUUUGUCGGAAGGGAAGAAGUAUCACGUUUUCUUCUCCUAUGAAUUAGCUGAUCGAGACUGGGUCGACAUGGUCAGGCAGAAAUUGGAGGCCCCGGAAUUCGGAUUCAGGUGCAGCGUCCACGAACGAGACUUCCAUGGUGGCAAGCGCGUCAUUGAGAACAUCACUGAGCACAUCCGUAUUUCUGAGAAGACUGUGAUGGUUCUGACGCCUGACUUCACUCAGAGCCGCUGGUGUAUGUUUGAGGUUGAGCAGGGGAUGGUCCUGAGCCUGGAAGAGCGUCAACUCCUGGUGAUCCCAGUGCUGGUGAAGGACUGCCCCAUCCCAGACAGUAUCAAGACUCUCACGUACAUAGACGCUUCAUCUGGUAACGAGUGGUGGCAGCGCUUCAUAGAUGCCAUAUUGUCAAGAGAGGAGGUGGUCAGUUUCUCUGGGACCAGGGAGGUAGCUAUCCAGCCUCGCUACAGAAACAUGGAUGUCCUGGCAACACUUUCCUCCGACUGGCGGUGUCCGAUGGGAGAGGAGUUGAGAGUAUCGUAUAUCCCUGAAGCUCUUCUUGCACCCGGUGUUCAGAUGACUGCUCAAGACUUCGACCAGGUCACUGCCAAGAUGAAGACUGCAGCCAAGCUGAGUCUGUAUUGCUGCAACACAACACCAUGCUGUGCCUUCACCUUUGUUAUGCUCCUCCAAAUGCUGAUUGCAGCUGUUAUUUCCAUGUUCUUCCAACCUGAUGAUAACGUUACAAUGCUUGCUAGUUCCAUUCUACUACUUUUAGUCACGGUAACGAUUUUCUUUGGGCAAAGAAUUUGGAGGACUCAUCGCCUAAAACAAGCCGUGGUCGCUGUCAACAAUGGCCUUAUUGAGAACAACGUCCUUGUUGGAUUCAAGGCAGCGUGGAGCACCGGUGCAACCUUCAGACUACGGCUAACCUUCUGGUUCUUCGAUAUGUUGGAAUGUAGGAAACAUCUGGAAGGAAUAUUGGCCAUGACAUCCAACCCAGGAACUUCACUUCAGCCGGAUUCAUCAUCAGUGUCUGAUCAGGCGAUGGAUCUUUUGUGCCGCUCCAGCGAAGCCUACACCACUGCCUAUCAACGGGGUCAUCUGAAGGUCAAAGAUGAUGUCAGACACGUCCGCCAUGCUCUGUGUAUGUGUCAGUUUGUAGAGCAAGAGCAUGUCGGGAAACUUACGGCCAUCCCACCGGAAGUCGUGUGAGUUCAGGCUCAGCGUAAACAGACAUACUGACAAUGGCCUAUGGGUUGACGGUGAGAAGGUAGAAGGUGUUGUGACAUUCAGGAUGCGGGCGUGAACCUGGGCGUCUGGACAUGACAAGGUCGCCAUGUGUGUUAUUCACUUCUUCAAUAUGUAUGUCAUCGUUAGUUGCUGUUGGAUGUCACAGAACAUCUGUUUGGUUCCUGAGUCACGGGCGGACCUAUUGUUGACCGAGAAAAGAAAUGUGUAUUACGAAUGCACGGGCUAGUGCAUAUAUCCGUGCAGCAUUGUGUUGUGUUCAGUUUCAUUGAUUGCAUGAUGUUUUUAUCGUUCAUGUUGAUGACGCAGUAGUUUGUUACUGUGAUGUUGUACUGUAAGUCAGAUAGCGUACACGGCACCGGAAUGUCCCGCGCUUACCUUAACUUAAGAAAUACUAUAUAAGAAACGCCCAGUUUGAAUGCGAAUCAAACACGUCAAGCAGAUACUCUUUGCUCAACAAUCCCCUGAUUUGCCACUUAACCAUACCUCACUACAUCAAACUGCGAAAUCCGACGCAUGUUUGGCUAACACCCCGGGACAGUGGGCAGAUUGUACACAUCUUUGACAAGUAUAAUGGGAGUGGACUACCUCGUUCUUUAAUUAAAUAUAAAACAGAAAGUAGUGACCUGUCUUAUCAAUGAUCAAGGUCAUUAGAAAAACAACAACACAUAAAUAAGUGUUUUACAUGAUCUCCAAAUUUAUGAAAUAUCUCUAUUCUCAACCUGUCACAGAACAUCUUUUGCUUUGGGUCAGCUAUGUAAAGGUGAAGGACAUCAAAGGUGAAGGUCAUCAUUCGUAUGAUUAUAAAUUCUUGUCAAAUGUCUGACACUAAUGCCUAUAUGUCUAACACUUGUUGUUUCUGAAAGUUUUUGCAGAUAAAGCUCAUUGACAUAUUCUUUAUUAUGCAUAUGAAACUAUUUGAACAAAUGGUAAAAUGAAGUGAAUGUCAUAAAUAUAUAUAUUCAUGCAUGAAACGCUUUGAGUUGCAACUGUUAUGAAACUUCAACUGUUUGGGUAUUAUAAGAUACAUGAUACAAGAUACAAGAAUAUUUAAUUAACGUCAGUUAUGGGGAAAACAAAUACAUAUUUAGCUCUUCAGAGUGGGGGCACGGGUCGCUGUGCAGAGUUGCGUCCCUUGGCCACGCCAGAAACCUAUGAUUGUGGUUUCGAAUCCCGGUUCGCCCCGAUUGUGUUUCUAGGUUUGUCUCA